CCAGCUCCUUCAUCCUCUGCUCUUCUCCCUCAGCUUAGCUUUUUUAGUGCUUUGAGUCUCUCCUGCUCUUUGUCUUUUCUAGUAAGCCAGCCAUCAUGACCACGCGCACUUCAGUCAGGAGCUCCAUGGGAGGGGGAAUCAAGGGCUUCAGCUCAGGUUCUGUUGGGCUAGGAAGUGGCUUUGGCGGCGGUGGGGGCAGAGCAAGCUUCAGCUCUGUCUCCCUCUCUCGAGUUGGAGGAGGGAGGGCUGGCGGCUUUGGUGGUGGAGCUGGAGGAGGCUUUGGCAGCAGAAGCAUGUACAAUGUAGGUGGAAGCAGAAAAGUAUCCUACGGUGGAGGUCUACGGACUGGAUUCGGUGGAGGAUAUGGCUUUGGUGGAGGAGCAGGCAUGGGGGGUGGUUUUGGUGGAGGUAGUGGCCUUGCAUUAGGUGGAGGUGGCGGUGGAGGUGCUGGCUUUGGCAUGGGUGGCCCAGGCUUUGGCAUGGGCGGCCCAGGCUUUGGAUAUGGAGGCCCAGGUUUUGGUGGCCGAGGUGGCCCUGGGUUUCCCAUCUGCCCACCUGGUGGUAUCCAUGAAGUGACAGUCAACCAGAACCUCCUGACACCGCUCAAGCUGGAGAUUGACCCGGAGAUCCAGAGAGUGCGAUCACAGGAGAGGGAGCAGAUCAAGACCCUCAACAACAAGUUUGCAUCUUUCAUUGACAAGGUCCGAUUCUUAGAGCAACAGAACAAAGUCCUGGAGACCAAAUGGACACUUCUGCAGGAACAGGGACAAACCGUUACCAGAAAGACCCUGGAGCCCCUCUUUGAGGCAUACAUUAACAACCUCAGGAGGCAGCUAGAUAGCUUGUUAGGAGACGGACCAAGACUGGACUCAGAACUGAGGAAUAUGCAGGACCUGGUAGAGGAUUUUAAGAACAAAUAUGAAGAUGAAAUAAACCGGCGCACUGCUGCAGAGAAUGAAUUUGUGAUGCUCAAAAAGGAUGUAGAUAAUGCUUACAUGAACAAGGUGGAGCUGCAGGCCAAAGCAGAUUCACUGGCAGAUGAAAUCAACUUCCUGAGAGCUCUCUAUGAUGCGGAGCUGUCCCAGGUGCACCAGCAGGUGUCGGACACCUCUGUCAUCCUGUCCAUGGAUAACAACCGUAGCCUGAACCUGGACAGCAUCAUCUCAGAUGUCAAGGCUCAAUAUGAAGACAUCGCGAACAGGAGCCGGGCGGAGGCUGAGUCUUGGUACCAGAGCAAGUAUGAGGAGCUGCAGGUCUCCGCUGGGCGUCACGGAGAAGACCUCCGCAGCACAAAGAUGGAAAUCACAGAGAUCAACCGGAUGAUCCAGAGGCUGCGCAAUGAAAUUGAUAACGUGAAGAAGCAGUGCGCCAACCUUCAGGCCGCCAUCGCUGAGGCCGAGGAGCGUGGUGAAAUGGCCCUCAAGGAUGCCCGGGCCAAACUGGCUGACCUGGAGGAAGCCCUACAGAAGGCCAAGGCUGACCUGGCCCGCCAGCUGCGGGAAUACCAGGAGCUGAUGAACGUCAAGCUGGCGCUGGACAUCGAGAUUGCCACCUACCGCAAGCUGCUGGAGGGUGAAGAGAGCAGGCUGGCGGGAGAAGGAGUUGGAGCCGUAAGCGUGUCUGUGGUCAGCUCCUCCACAGGAAUGGGAUACGGCGGUGGAAGCUUGGGAGGAGGCCUCGGAGGCGGGCUCGGCCUUGGCGGUGGUGGAGGCGGCGGAUCCGGUUACGGCAUGGGAGGCGGCGGAUCCGGUUACGGCAUGGGAGGCGGCGGAUCCAGUUACAGCAUGGGAGGCGGCUUCGGCAUGGGAGGCAUGGGUGGCAGGAGUGCCACCAGUAUGGGAGGCGGUGGGGGCUACGGGUCUGGCGGCGGCAUGGGGCUCAGCAUGGGAGGCAGCUUCAGCGGUGGAAGCGGCAGGGGCCUGAGCUCCGGCGGGGGAAGCAGCUCCAGCAUGAAAAUCGUAUCGAAGACCACUACAAGCAAGAAAACCAUUCGGUAAAGUGGAGGCGGCCUCCAGGAGACCCUGCCUGAAUGAAAGCACAUUUCCUACCUGCUGAGCGCAAGUGCAGCCUUUUGAAUCCAUGGUGUAAAUAGCUGAGCUAAUCUUCUCGUUCCUUCUCCUCUUCCUGGAGGAAAGGGCACAAAAAGGCUCUUCCAACAGGAAUCGGGAAAGUCGUCGGCCAAAGCAAACCACUUCCUAAGCCGUUGUUGCAAUCUGUGUCACAACCGAGGUCCUAUGCCCCUGACUCGGCACACUACUCCAGCACGUGUCCUGACGUUAGCUCUCCCUGGAGUCCUUUACACUCCGUUGGACCAGGACCUGUGCAAUCCUCACUGCCAAAUAGGCAGUCAAAUCCAUCACUUACAGAUGUGGCGAGAGGGCCGUAUCAUGGCCGAGUGGUGCCUGGACUCGCUGUAAUGUCUUUUCUCUGCAAUCGUUUUCUGUUCGAGCAUGCUUAGUUUGCUCUCAAAAAAAAAGAAAAUCACAGCUAAAGCCUCGUGAAAUUACAGGCACCGUGUUCUCGCCAAAACAGUGUCAAGGCCGAGGGAUAUAAUCUGUCUCCGGCAUGUGUUCUAACCUGUAGGUUUCUUGGUUGCAGUGAUAAGUGCCCCCAAUGAGUGACACCCGGGAAAAGGCUAUUGCUUUUUGGUGCUGUAUGAACUACAGUCCUGAUUUCUUAUUACUUCUUUGUCCUUCUGGCUACAGCCCUUGACUUUCUGACUUACAGUACUGAAUGUGUAAUAAAAAGCAUUUCUCAUUUUUAAA